AUGGAACAGGUACUGGAAGCGACAUUCCAUCAAAUGAGGGAGCAACAGGUGGAAAUGGAGCCGGUGAAGGCCUGUUUUCGCGACUUGGUGAAUGCGAGUAAAAGUGCGGCCGAGCGAUUUGAGCGCAUCAAUACGAAGAUUCAGGAGGCUUUCAACAAUGUCGAGCAUAUGCAAAGAGGGCGGUCCAAGAUUGAAUUAAGCGAUGACGACCGGGCAAAGUUCUUUUUGACGGAGACGGACAUUGAUCAUAUGGAAAGACAGAUCGAUAGUCACAGGCUGGAGGUCCAGAUCGCCUUGACUGCCUUUGAAGCGACUAUGAGUGAAAAGCGUUCCGCGGAUAUUCAAUCGACGAUUCUGGAAAUGUUCAAAGAAAUCAAGAAAAUUGCAGAGUACUUCUUGAAUGGCGGCCGUGAACCUCCGGAAAGAACUCGAGGUCCAAACGAACCAGGACGACAUCACCGAGAGCCAGGAUUAGAGCCAUACCCCUCCCACAGACCGUAUCAAUAUAGACGGCCUUUCGUCUUCCCCGACCUCUCCAGAUUGACAUCCCUUUACCUGGGAUGGACUUUUACCAAAGGAAGGCCACCAUAUGUCCACAUAAAUACAACAUCCACGCAGCCGUCGUGGCGAUGGGCUGUUUGCAGUCAAAUGGCCCUUUCAACUGAAGAACUUUUCCUAAAGGUUCUGGCCCAGACUACUAGGCGCUCAAAGCUCCGGCGUUCCAUCCAAGAUGACUGCAAAGACUUGUUGAAGACGAGUGUUCAAAGGAUGCUCGUUGACACUUUGCUGCGUGAGCAAAAUAGGAAUUUGUCCAUGCAACAUCCAGCUUUGGAGUUGAAAUUGGCAGGCUUGUCGUGUAAGACGAAAAGGAUUGGCUUUUUCAGCCAUGAGACUAAGAGUAUCGAUGUCAUCUUAAAGACGGAAUGGGCUCCUGGACUUCCGCCACAAGGGCCGAUACCAGCUGGAGGUGGAGGUGGAACACCUCCACCAUCUGGUUUCGAUUCUUACGGCCCUGGCAGGCCUCUUGGAGGAGGCGGAGGAGGAGGAGAUGGUGGUGGCCCUAGAUAUCCCCCAGGUGGAGGCGAUGGGGGCACCUUCUAUCACCAUGGCCCUAGUCGCACCAGUCACGGUACACACCAUACUCCUGGAGGCACCAACAACAUUCCUAGUCACACUAGACCAUCUUCAUCCAAGGCACAUCAGCCACCGGGAGUUCACCAUUCACAUUCACACGCCCCAUCAAAGUCCGCUCCCGAGAUCGUCUCGAGUGACCGAAUGUACCUCGUCAGAAAGAAAGCAAAGGGCAAACCCACAGCAUCAGACAGCGAAGGGAGCCGCCGAGUAUUCAUCCGAGAUAAAAGGGGCAAUCUCACGAUCUACCCCGAACAUCGUCGUCCGACAAGCUCUCAUGCUGAUCACAUCGAUCGACCAUCGACAUCAGCUAAGGCAGAUCAUAUCGUUUUUCCACAACCGUCUGGUCCACAUGAAAGCUUUCACGACUCCAACGUCCGGAAGGAAUAUAUCCCUGGUAUUUUCCAUCAAGCACGCACAUACCCACCACGACCAGUCGCUGAAACAGUAUACUCCUCCUCCUCUUCAUCCUACUCAUCCGACAACGAGCAUGACGAGUACCACGAGUUCUACAGAAUGCCACCCCCACACCAAGCAACAAGCAUGCAAGUCUCCGCCCACGACAUGACCCGCGAACAAGAAAAACGAAUCAUCGCCGAAAUCUUGGCCGAAUGGGAAGACGGCGUACACGGCAAACCAACCGCAAGACCAAACAUCAUCAACCUAGAUCACGAGCAAUCAAGGAAAGAAGAAGAACGCUCCAAAACCAGGCACUCAUCAGCGAUAGUCCCACACAUUGGCCCUACACGCCGAAUGAUGAUGGAAGUCGAACACGAAGCUCAGAGACAAGAAAAAAUCGAAGAAAAAAUUCGCGAGAGCCAUCGCCUCGGGGGAUCGUCUUUCCUGCACGCCCGUGAACCACAUCACAAACACACGCGCAGCGGCUCGUAUGAGAGAUCGUCACACCACCGACGGAGACCGGAAGUGAAACUCUCGCACGGAGGCGCGGACCCAUACACACAGUUCGAAAUGGAUACACGGUUCGCUAAUGAUGAGCGGCAUUAUCGUGCCUUCGCCGAACCUGGAUUCGGUGCACCGGGACCGUCGAGGAGGUACGAUGUACCCCUGAGGCCGGAGAUACCGCAUAGAGGACGAGAACGGUACGUGCAUAUAGACGAGGUAGAGCCGCGGAUACAUGUACGUGUGCCAUCUAGGAGGCGGAGGGAGUAUGAUAGUUUGUCGUUCGUGGCACCUAGUGAUUUGGUGGUGGAGGAUUCUGAGAGUGUGAGAGUUAUGCCUUCUCGGACAAGGGAGAGGGAACGUUCCCGAGUGGUUUUGGAGUCAGAGCCGGAACGAUCCAGAGAACGCGGGAGGAGGAGGGUUGAGAGGAGGAGUCCUGGAGGGAAGUUGUAUGAUUCGGAGGAGGAGAGGGAGUUGGCUUCUACCUAUAGCGGCUGA